CUCCACUUUUGACGGUAUCGAUAGCAAUGGGAACUUUUCUUGACCCGCCACUUUUGACGAACCUCUAUAUACUGUAGCUUCGUCGACAACAACUACCUUUGACGAGUCUCAGCAAGUUGGUUGCCACCAACGGAAUACGACUUUAUCAAUCACUUGGAGUUGCGCCAUCACUAGUAUCUACUACUACAACAACACUUAACAUCCGCAGAGCCGCUACGAGCGCCAAUCAGCCAAGAUGCCCCAGAACGAGUAUAUGGAGAGAUGGAGGAAGCUCCACGGAAGACGUUUGGACCACGAGGAAAGAGCUCGCAAGAAGGAGGCGCGUGAGGGCCACAAAGCCUCCAAGGAUGCGCAGAACCUUCGCGGCCUUCGGGCCAAGCUCCACGCCAAGAAGCGUCACAAUGAGAAGAUCCAGAUGCGCAAGCAGAUCAAGGCCCACGAGGAGCGCAACAUCAAGACAAACAACGAGAAGGAGCCCAGUGAGCCCAUGCCCGCCUAUCUUCUGGACCGAAGCAACCCGAACAACGCCAAGGCGAUCUCGUCACAGAUCAAGAACAAGCGUGCCGAGAAGGCGGCAAGAUUCGCCGUGCCGCUACCUAAGGUUAAGGGUAUCAGUGAGGAGGAGAUGUUCAAGGUCAUCUCCACCGGCAAGAAGACACACAAGAAGUCGUGGAAGCGCAUGAUCACCAAGCCCACUUUCGUCGGGCCUAAUUUCACAAGAAGAGACCCGAAACACGAGCGCUUUAUUCGCCCUAUGGGACUGAGAUACAAGCAUGCCCACGUCACACAUCCCGAGCUCGGAGUCACAGUUAAGCUGCCUAUUAUUGGCGUGAAGAAGAACCCCCAGAACCCAUUGUAUACCAAUUUGGGAGUUUUGACCAAGGGUACUAUUAUCGAGGUCAAUGUCAGUGAGUUGGGCCUCACGACAACCACUGGAAAGGUGGUAUGGGGACGCUACUGUCAAAUCACAAACAACCCCGAGAACGAUGGUUGCGUAAACGGUGUGUUGCUCGUUUAGGCCACGAUGAGAGGUGUCCGGAGUGCUCUUCAAGGGUACUGCAUCGUUAUUGGCGUCUGGAGUUACGGCAAACAAGAAAAGGGGCUGGGUGGAUGCCUUAGAUUGACAUCAACUUGAACCUAGGUAGAUGAAACAAGAUUCCCAUUUGUGCCUAGGC